AAAGUUGUCAGAACAGAACGUAACAUUCGGCCAGCUGGCAAACUCUCCGGAAAUGGAUAAGCAUGUGGCAUUCUCGGUCGUCACCAUGUUCUGGCUGCUGUUCUCCAUCAUUGGAUUCCUGGUGUCCUACAGAUACGAGGAGCGGGGCAUAAUCCGGUGCUGUGUGAUCCUCACCGCCGUCUGCUGCUACUUGGCCUGGCUGGUCACCUUCCUGAUGCAGCUGAAUCCACUGACAGGACCGCGGGGCAACCAGAAGACCAUCUAUGGCAUAAUGACCUACUGGCCGAACUCUUUUGUUCACGAUCAAGAUGACCCAUAAAGCCUAGUAUAUAUUUUAAAUGUUUAAAAUUUUACAAUCAAAAGAAAAAAG